AGAGACACACGGACAGAGACACGGAGGCUGCACAGGAAUCUCUCGCCCGGGUCUGUCGGCUCUGAUUACACGGUUCUCUGCUGCUUGAGUCUCUCUGUUGCUCGGGUUUCUGCUGCUUGGGUCUGACUCCUCGGGUCUCUGCUCCUCAGGUCUCACUGCUGGGUCUGACUGCUCGGGUUUCUGUUGCUCGGGUCUGACUGUUCGAGUCUGACUGCUCGGGUUUCUGUUGCUCGGGUCUGACUGCUCAGGUCUCUGCUGCUCGGAGCUGCUGUGAGGCGGAGGGACGGACAGAGCGCGGAGGACAGACGGAGGAGCUGCGCUGUUUGCAGAAGGAAGCGCUGAGAUUGUGUCGUUAGCAGCAGCAGACUCGCUCCCAAAGCUCCGGAGGCUCUCACGGCUCUGAAGGCUCGGGACUCGGUGCAUGGACGCCCGGACUCGGAGGACAGCUGCCCGGGACUGAAGCCGCUCCCCGCUCCUCCGCGCACGGAUCGUUUUGUUGGAUCUUUGUGGCCGCUCCUCGCCUGCCGCGGAGAUGGGCGACAAGGCGCAGGGCACCAGAGUUUUCAAGAAGUCCAGCCCCAACUGUAAGGUGACUGUUUAUCUGGGGAAGAGGGACUUUGUGGAUCACCUGGACCAUGUGGACCCUGUUGAUGGAGUGAUUCUGGUGGACCCUGAAUAUCUCAAAGAUCGCAAAGUCUUCGUGACCCUGACCUGUGCGUUCCGUUAUGGCCGUGAGGAUUUGGACGUGCUCGGUCUGUCCUUCAGAAAAGACCUCUACAUCUCCACUUUUCAGGCGUUUCCUCCAGUCCCAGAGGAAAGGAAACCAAACAGUCGCCUCCAGGAAAGACUCCUCAAGAAACUGGGACAGCACGCACAUCCAUUCUACUUCACUAUCCCUCAGAAUCUCCCAUGUUCAGUGACUCUGCAGCCGGGACCAGAAGAUACUGGGAAGGCGUGUGGAGUGGACUUUGAGAUCAGAGCGUUUUGUGCCAAGUCGAUAGAGGAGAAAAUCCACAAGAGGAACUCUGUGCGUCUGGUGAUCCGUAAAGUGCAGUACGCUCCAGAGAAGCCUGGGCCUCAGCCGAUGGUGGAGACGACUCGCAGCUUCCUCAUGUCUGACCGCUCCCUGCACCUGGAGGCAUCACUGGACAAAGAGUUAUAUUAUCACGGAGAACCAAUCAGUGUCAACGUCCACGUCACAAACAACUCCACCAAGACGGUGAAGAGAGUCAAAAUCUCAGUCCGUCAGUACGCAGACAUCUGCCUCUUCAGCACAGCGCAGUACAAAUGUCCUGUGGCACAGCUCGAGGCAGACGACCAGGUGUCGUCGAGCUCCACCUUCUGUAAAGUGUACACUCUGACCCCCACACUGGACAAAAACCGCGAGAAGAGAGGCCUCGCCCUGGACGGAAAACUCAAACACGAAGACACAAACCUGGCAUCAUCUACUAUAGUGAAGGAUGUGACUAAUAAGGAGGUGCUGGGGAUCCUCGUGUCCUACAGAGUCAAAGUGAAACUGGUGGUGUCUCGUGGAGGAGACGUGUCUGUGGAGCUGCCCUUCAUCCUGAUGCACCCUAAACCCGUGGAGCCUCCGGCCUCUCGCCCUCAGUCUGCGGUGCCAGAGAUGGACCCUCCCAUCGACACAAACCUCAUCGAGUUUGACACAAACAGCAUGUCCCAGGACGAUGACUUCGUGUUCGAGGACUUCGCUCGGCUGCGGCUCAAAGGCGUCGUGGACGACAAAGACGAGGACUGCUAAAAGAAAACAUCCCAGAAUUCUACAAAAAAAAUCACAGAAAAUCUAAAAAAAUCCAGCUCGAGCACGUAGACGCCGCAGGGUACAGAGAGCUGCAAAAACGCCAAAACACGCCAAAAACAAACAUCAGUGCGGAGGCGGUCUGAACAUUUCACUAAAAACUGGUGUGUCAGAUGCCCUCCCACAUGAGGUUCUUAUGAAAAUUCCAGAGAAUCAGACAGAAUCUUUUAGAAUAAGCUAAAUGAAAUAAACAUGAUAAAAAUAGAGUUUAAAGUCGUUCUGGCUGAGAUCUCACUCGUUCCCGGCGUUCCCGGCGUUCCUGGUGGUUUUUGCAGCUCACACGUGUAGAGCGUUGUACAGACUGAAAAACAGGAAUUGAAGAAUUUAAAGCUGCACUGUGAAACUUUUCCGGCUUGUCUCUAUGGAGAUGUUAUUGAAUUGCUUGACAUCUUCCAUAAAUGAUGUCUCUCCAUGGAAAUAAGGCCAGAUCAGGUCUGUGGAGAGGCGAGCGUGUAUGAAUGCAUGUUUUCCAAGGUAUUUUUUAACAACAAAAACAUGUAAAAAAAAAAAAAAAAAGAGUAGAAUAUAUAUGUUUAAUGGUAGAGUCUGGAACAUUCCAGGAGAAGCGGUGUCACCGUGGAGAUGAGCAUGACCAUGGAAAAGUUACAUUGUGCACCUUUAAAAGUGUAAAUGUAUUUGGCUCAGAGCUCGGCACAAACACAAACUCCAGGCCCCAGGAGCCUCCACCCGAACUCCACCCGAACUCCACCCGAACUCCACCCGAACUCCACCUCAGCUCCGUCUGUGUCAAAGCUGCAGCUCAGAUUUCAGCAAAACAUUCCAUUUUUUACAUCAGACGAAAGUCCCGGUUUAGUCCCGGUUUAGUCCCGGUUUAGUCCCGGUUUAGUCCCAGUUUAAAUACUUGGACCCGUGUCUGUCCCUGUGAUGCUGGAGUUGAGUUGUGGGCGGAGCUCUGAGCCGAGUCGCGGCGGCGGCGGUGCUGGGUGUGACGAUUGUACAAAUCAGAUUCUAUAUUUGAAUAUUUGAAACGUAGACUUUUCUUUUGUGUGUUUGUUUCUGUGUCUCAUGAAGCUCGGGUCACCAGCGCAAAACUCCUUUCUCUCUCUCUCCUCCUCUCCUUCUCCUCUUCCUCUCCUCUUCCUCUCCUCUUCCUCUCCUUCUCUUCUUUCUCCUUUUCGCUUGAGACGUUUAACGACACAGAUAUCAACUGUCACUCAGUAUUUUCAUUCACAAAAGUUCUGAAUCGUCGCAAAAAUCAAACCAAAUUAUAUCAAAUUUUUUUUUAUUUUUUCCCCCCAAACAAUUGAACCUUUUUCUAAAAAAACUUAAACCCUCAGAUCUAACCCUGUGUGACCUUUGACCUGCGACUGGGGUUAAAGUCUCGUCACUUUGGGGUUAAAUUAAACAUUGAAACGUUUUAUUUUCAUAGUUUUAUUUCUGCAAAAAGAGACAAACCGUUUUUUACUUUAAAUCUGCGUCUCGUGAUUAUUGAGAUGAUUCUGAUGAUUCUUAAAGUUUGUAAAUAUUUAGUGACAGUGAAACUCGUCCGAUUCGUCGUCGCCUCAAACAUUUUUUUCUGGUGUAAAAAUAAAUUCAUUUUUUGAGAUGAAAAACGAAACGCUGCUUCGUUUGGUUCUGCGUAAAGUUCUGUCCAAAUCUGACAUUGGUUCAAAUCUGUGCCUUUCACAAUAAAAUGUUGCCAAUAAAAUCAAACCCAAAGCCAGAGCAGGUCCAAACGCUCUUAUUCUGAAGGGACAAACUCCAGCCUCUUAUUUUGAAACGUUUCCCAGAAGAAACUCACAUUUGGACCAAAGCUUCUACGUGAUGGUUUGAGCUGAAGCGUCUCAUGAAACGUGACUUUUUACAAACUCAAGCCUGAAAUCUGUUUCUUUUAAUGCAAAGAAUCUAUAAUGUGAAGAAUUUGCCUUAACAUAAAGUUUGUUUGAUAAAAAUCUGCCAAAAUUUGCUCCAUAAUUUUGCUCUUCUCUUUGAAAUUUCCGAUCCUUUUAAAAAAGUGCAAAGCUUUUUUUUUGUUGCUUUUUUCAGCCAAAUCCGUCGUCGUUUACGCUUGAAUUUUAACAUUUCAACUUUUUUUAACAUAAAUUAUUUUAAUUGUGGAUGAAGUUCUCUAAGUUUAAAGAGGAGGUAUUCAAAAGCGUUCUACCAUAACGCUAACGCUAAUGCUAAUGCUAACGUUCUCUCAUCAAAAACACGUCUGAAGAGGUUUGAGUCAUCUAGAGAUCUCUCCCAGGCUCUAUUCAAACCCUUGUUAUGGUUAGCGGUACAAGUGUGUACAAGGCUCCGCCCACAAGUCGACAUCACCCACGCUCCACACGACAAUCCUCCAUAAAUAUACAAAAACAUGACACAAAACUACACUACGACUUCACAAACCUGGUGUGAUGUGCAGUAGUUGUCAAAACGGAAACAUGGCGAUCUAAAUAUGUGUUAGAAAUAAAAUCCCUCCUUUUUAAAAAAUGUAAAUGUUAAAAAUGUUUUAAUUAAAAUGAUAAAUUCACCAAAAUACAAACUCGACAAAGACAAAUGUGCAGAUAAGGCGAAGGUUUUUCAACUAUAAAAAUAAACCUGUUCUAUUCACAUUUACACUUAAUAUUUUGUUCCCAAACCUUAAAUCUCUUAAAAAUUCACUCUGUGUCUUUUAUAAAUAUUUUUUUUGUAAAUUUUAAACUUAACUUUGUGCCAAAACGUGUGAACCAAACGCAGCGCGACUCGUUUUGAUUCCGGUUUGUAUCGUUUGGUUUGAAAGUUUCAGUUUCGCAGUUUGGAAACGGAGCCGAGUUUCCAUUUUUAGUUUUACAAUUUCUCAAAUGAUUCAGUUUUCAGAUGUUUAUUUCCAAAAAGAUGUUUUUUUUUUUAUUCAGCUUUUUGAAGAGAACAGAUGGCGCUCCAGAGCUCCGCCCACUCCCAAGUCUGGAAGGUCCGGAAGUUUAUUUUCUGUUCAUUUUCCCCAUAGACUUUUCCAAAAAUUCAAACAUUAUCAGUUCAAAGGCAUCGUGAGGCUAACCGGCUACGUGCUAACCAGCUACGUGCUAACCAGCUACGUGCUAACAGCUACGUGCUAACAUAUCCAUAACACGACUGUUUUAAGUCCAAAAGCUCAGAGGUUUAUGAUGUUUCAGACGCAGAUUUUAAAUAAAAGUUCAGGUCGUUAGUUCCACUGAGACGAUCAGACCUGAGAUUUAAAAUUAUAUAUUUUUUUGGAAAGUCGAUGGGAAAAAUAAAUGGGAAUUUUACUUAUACAACCAGGGGGCGCUGUCACUGUUGAGCUGUAGUGUGUAAAAUCAUUAAAGAGGAGGUAUUCUGCAAAAUGUACUCUUUGUAUCUUUCUCACGUAUUGCUAAUGCUAACGCUAACCUCAUCAAAAACAUGUCUGAAGAGGUUUUAGAUGUCAUCCAUGUUUGAGUAAUCUAGAGAUCUCUCCCAGGCCCGAUUCCAACCCUCCUUAUAGUCAGCAGUACGAGUCUGUACAAGGCUCCGCCCACAAGGGAUGUGCAGUAGUUUCAUUAGUGGGACGCAGCUGAUUGUGUUGUGAUAGUGCUCUGAAGGGGGAGGGGCUUAGCAAAGAGAGGAGAGACUCAGAGCGCCAGAAACAAAAGUGAAACUUAUGGGUGAAUGUAGCAUUUUCAAAACAAAAGGAAACAUAAUUUGUUGCAGUUGUACCUCCUCUUUAAACUUUUCAUUUUAAUAUUUUGCAUCAUAUUUAAAAUUAUAACGUUGCUAAAUGUGUUAAAUUUAUCUCAAAUUUAAACUCAAACUUGGCUCCACUUCCUGCUGCGCUCUGAUUGGUCGGUUCCACACAGAAGUAAAUAAACAUUUCCGUUGUUUGUUUUUUUCCAGAGUUGAUGUUUUUAAGUCACAUGAUGUUUUUUACGCCUCGCGCUGCGCCGCACUAAACGCUCCUCUGAUAAAACACUGCAUUUCUGUAGCGUGCCGUGUGCGCAGACGCAGACAGGGGGCGCCCUUCAGCAUGUUUUUCUUCGCUGUGCUGUGAAUUUCGAGCCGUGACGUCGGAGUUUUGUCGUGAUUCGUGUGAAAAUAUUGAACGACAGAGUUCUCCUCCGCUUCUAUGGCGACUGAUUAUUAUUAUUAUUAAUAUUAUUAUGACGAUAUGAUCCAUGUACAUGGCACCGGCUCUUCAUAAUCAGAUUUGACUUGUAUUUUUUAUUUUGAGAUUUUUAUUUUAGUUUUCUUUUUCUUAUUAAAGUGAAAUGG